UCGCUGAAGAAAACGUUCACGUGUUGUUAUCGUGGCUGUGUGUUUUAAUUUGCCAACGAAAAACAGUAAUAAUGCGGGUUAAAAAGACUAAAGAGAAGAAAAAAGUGAUCACGGACGACCCUGUUAAGAAUUUUGAGAAAUGGAAAAAGAAGUAUGUCGAAAAGAAGACCCGUGUCAAAAAAGAUAAAAAAACGACUAGCAGGAAACGCCAAUAUGAGACCGAGAGAGAAAAUAUACAGAAACUGGUGAAAAAAUACUCAGAGAUCAACCCCAAAGAGGCUGUGAAGUUCUCUGAUUUUCCUCUUUCAAGAAACACACUGAGAGGUCUUCUUGAAGCUCAGUAUAGGCAGCCCACAGAGAUUCAGAGGCAGACCAUUGGCUUUGCUUUGCAAGGGAGAGAUGUUCUCGGUGCUGCCAAGACAGGCUCUGGAAAGACCUUGGCUUUUCUCAUUCCAGUUUUGGAGUGCUUGUACCGUGAACAAUGGUCUGCAGUGGACGGUCUGGGUGCUCUCGUCAUCUCUCCCACCCGAGAACUGGCCUAUCAGACCUUUCAGGUGUUGAGGAAAGUUGGGAAAAAUCACGAUUUUUCUGCUGGACUUGUAAUCGGUGGCAAGGAUCUAAAAGACGAAUCCGAUAAGAUCCAUCGCACAAAUAUCAUUAUCUGCACCCCAGGACGUCUUCUGCAGCAUAUGGAUGAGACUUCCACAUUUCAUGCGUCAAACCUGCACAUGCUUGUUUUGGAUGAAGCUGAUAGGAUUCUAGACAUGGGAUUCGCCGACACACUCAACGCUAUUGUGGAAAACCUCCCGAAAACACGUCAGACCCUUCUGUUCUCUGCCACUCAGACCAAAUCUGUUAAAGAUCUUGCCAGGCUGAGCCUGAAGAACCCAGAAUAUGUGUGGGUCCAUGAGCAGGCCAAGUUUAGUACCCCUGCCACUCUAGAACAGAACUAUGUGGUGUGUGAGCUGCAUCAGAAGGUCAACAUGCUUUUCUCUUUCUUGAGAAGUCACCUUCAGAAGAAGAUCAUCGUCUUUUUUGCUUGCUGUAAAGAGGUUCAGUAUCUGUUCCGGGUGUUCUGUCGUUUACGUCCGGGUAUCUCCGUACUCGCUCUUCACGGCAGACAGCAUCAGAUGAAAAGGGUGGAGGUUUACAAUGACUUUAUCCGCAAAACGGCCGCAGUCCUUUUUGCUACAGACAUUGCUGCCAGGGGGCUUGAUUUCCCAGCAGUGAACUGGGUGCUGCAGUUUGACUGUCCGGAAGAUGCAAACACAUACAUCCACAGAGUUGGAAGAACAGCCAGAUAUAAGGAAGGAGGUGAAGCUCUUCUUGUCCUCUUGUCCUCAGAGGAGAAGGGCAUGAUCGCUCAGCUUCAAGAGAAGAAAGUUCCCAUUAACAAAAUCCAGGUGAAUCCAGAAAAGUUGAUAUGUGUGCAGCAGAAGUUGGAGGCCUUCCUGGCCCAAGAGAAAGAGAUGAAGGAACGAGCACAGAGGUGUUUUGUGUCCUACCUCCGUUCUGUCUUUCUGAUGAAGAACAAAGAUGUCUUUGAUGUUUUUCAGCUGAAACUGCAAGAAUAUGCAAUGUCACUUGGUCUGGCGGUGGCACCAAGGGUCCGUUUCCUUAGUAAGGCCCAGCAGCAGAUCAGUGGAGGUGUGCAGAACGAAAGCAUCGCUGCAGAAGACGAGUCUGAAGAUGAACUUAAGAGUUUCAAAACUCAACUCAAGGGAAAGCAAGCUGAGUCACAGUCUGAGGAGGAUGAUAGUGAUGAUGAUGAUGAUGAGGAGGAGAAGGAGGGUGAAAAGCCUGCAGCUCUGCUCUGUGGCUCUGAUGAUGAAGAGGAUGAUCAGAAAGAUCUGGACUUACUGACGGUUAAACGUAAAGAUGUGUUCAGUGUCAACGAGGACAGCCAGACCAUAGAGGAAUCAAAUGCUGAAGAAAAGAGUAACAAACAAAAAGAGUCCAAAGUCAAGGAAGCGAAGAAAAUCCAGAAAAGAAACUUCAAGGUCAACACAAAGACGAUCUUCACUGACAAUGGCAAGGCUUUGCAAGAGUGGCCUCCUCUGCAGAGAACCAUGAUCCCAUAUGGAGAACAGGAGGAGGAUGAUGAUGAUGAGGAGACCUCCGGUAUCAACGUGGAGGCGGCCAAAGAACGGCUCCGCAAGGAAGACCAGGAGUUUGACAAGAAAGAGUACCGACGUAAAAUCAAAGAGAAACAUAGGGAGAAACGGUUGAAGGAGAAGGCAGCUCGAAUAGAGGCAAGCAAACAGCGUAAAGAGAAAAAAAAGGAAGCCGCUAAAGCAGAUGACGGUGGCGAUGAUGACGACGACGAUGAUGAUGAUGAUGGUGAGGAGGAGGUUGUGGCCUAUCUGUCGGGGGUUGAGGAAGAAUUUGACCCCAGCAUGCUACCUGACCCGGACAAAGUGCAGGAUUCAGAUUCCUCAGAUGGAGAAGACAGCGAUGCAUCAGUCCGUGGAAGGAAGAGAGGUUUCAGCGAUGGCAGCAGUGAUGAUGAUGAUGAUGAUGAUGUACAGCAGAGACAGGUGGUCAGAAAGAAGCCCAGGCAGGAGUCUACAGUAACUCCUCUGGAUACUGGCCUCUCGCUGGCUGAAGAUGAAGAGCUUGUGUUGCAUUUACUGGGCGGCCACAGUUAGUCCAUAGAGAAACUGGGCCAUUGUCCCAGCACACAUGUUUCCACGAUCCCACAGAGUUGCAAUGGAUGUGUGUUUUUAGUUCCUGUAUGUUGAGUUAUACAUCACAUAAAUCCCUCUUCCCUAAUAAAAUUGAUCCUGAAUAUGA